AUGGCAUCUAGAGAUACCUUGAACAAGUGCAGGGGAGCUGAGUCUUUGGACUCGGACACGGCCCAGCCAUCGAGAAGCUGUAGCUUAGGAGAUUCCCGCUUCCAAGACUUCCGUUUGGUUUAUCACCUUGCUCAGCACCACUGCUUCUUCUGCCAGAAGGGAGGAAAGAGAAGCCCAGAAGGACGGACAGGCACGUUGAGCUACCAGGAGGCUAAGUAUAAGCCCCAGGAGAACACAGAGUCCCAGCGGGCAGUGACGCCAGGGGAAGCCCAUGGGCGUGACAAUUCUCACUCAUGCCCAAGCGCUGUGUCACAGCCAGAUGACUGGCACCGGGGACGGGCACCAGGAAAGCUGGUCUGGCUGCUUCUACCAAAUGCUCAGGCCCACCAGACUUGCGUCCUCGAGAAGCUUCAAGACAAGCUGUUGCCCAGGAACCCGGAAUUACAUGGGAUCAUCCGCCAUGCCACAGAUCAGACCAGUAAUGAUGAAGGUGACGAAUUUCAAAACAAAACCAGCAAUCACAGCAGUGACGUGGGUCAUGCUGUAUGUGAAUUCAAUAAAAAGGAGGAGGAUAUUCGGGAUUUAAAGUCUAAAGUAAAAAAAUUUGAAGAAAAUUGUGCAAAACAGUGGUGAACAAUUAAUACACAACAGUCUGAAACAGAAAAAUACAAACAUCUUUUUGAAGAAGCAAACAAAAAAUGUGAUGGAUUACAGCUACAAUUAUCUUCAGUAGAAAGGGAAUUAGAAAAUAAAAAAACAAACAAAAAACAGGCUACCACCAGUCAAAGUGCUACAGAAGUUCACUUGAAUAGCGCCCUCAGAGAAACAGAAAAGUGUAGACCGGAGUUAAGGAAAUUAAAGCAAAAUAAUAAGGAUAUAGCAAAUGAAGGACACCAAAAAAUUGAAGUGCUAAAAUCUGAAAACAAGAAACCAGAAAAACAAAAUGGAGAAGUAAUGAUAGGUUUCAAGAAACAAUUAAAAUUAGUUGAGGUUUUAAAAAGGCAGAAGAUGCAGAUUGAAGCUGCGAAGAUGCCGUCUUUCACCGAAGGAGAAUUUAUGAAGGCACUUGAAUGGGGAAAUUCAUAA